CGCUUUCCAUAUCUACAGCUACAAAGCUGCCUUGUUCAGAGAUGCCAAAGUGAAGCUCCGAUAAAACAGAGAUUCUAAAUUUUUAAAGCAGUUGAUUUUUUUUUUUUUUCACUUGACAUUAAUCGCUCAAAUGACUGAACCAACGCCCACAGCAGACAAUAGUAAUAUCCAACCUUAUCCUUCCUCCUUAACAUCCAGUUCGAGUACUCCAAAGCAAGAGAUACAAGAGACACCAAAACGUGAGAGAACGAUGGCUGAAUUUCUUGCCUUGAUGGAUAAUUAUGCACCCAUUAUACCAGAUGCAGUAACUGACUAUUAUCUAAGCAAAUCUGGCUUUGAUUGUGAUGACGUUCGAAUCAAACGUCUAUUAGCACUUGCCACACAAAAAUUCAUUGCGGAUAUUGCAACAGACGCAUUUCAGCAUUGUAAAGUAAGACAAUCUGGUAACAGAAAGACAGGAAAGGAGCGUAAGACUGUAUUGACUAUGGAAGAUCUUUCAGCUGCUUUAGCUGAAUAUGGUGUCAAUGUCAAAAAGCCUGAAUACUAUUCUUAGCUAUUGGACUUUGUUUGUAUAUAGAUAUACACUUUAUUCACAACUUAUUCGCACACUGAUAAAAAAAAAAUGAUAACUUCAGACAACAAAUAACAAUAAAAAGACAACAAGUAAUGAUAAAAAAGAGCUCACAAGAAGCAAAAGAAUGAAUAAAGAGAUAAUUAGUAAAUCAGUUAUUAAAUUGAUAUUAAAUAUUUACAUUAUAAAGAGG